AUGUUUCCGACAUUUGACAUUGGCGACAGAAUCAUCGCGGAGAAGGUCUCCUACUAUUUCCGGGAACCAGAGAUUGACGACAUUGUCAUUUUCAAGGCACCCAAGGUUCUUCAGGAACGAGGGUACAGUGCAGGCGAAGUAUUUAUCAAGCGAAUCAUAGCUACUGCUGGUGACGUUGUGGAGGUCAAGGCUGGGAAAACCUAUGUGAAUGGUGUCCAGAGGAGUGAUGACUUCACUUUCGAACCACCUGCAUAUGAUAUGAAGCCGCAGUAUGUCCCACCAGGAUACGUGUUUGUCAUGGGAGACAAUCGUAACAACAGCUAUGACUCACACAUCUGGGGCCCUCUGCCGGUGGAAAAUGUAUUGGGCCGAUCAAUCUACAGAUACUGGCCUCCUAACAGACUGGGUUCUACAGUUUUGGAAGAAUCAGCUGUAUUCAGUGCAGGGGAUUCUGCUCCUCAAUUGAAGUCCCCAUGA